AUGGCAAACUUGACUUCUGUUGAGAGAAACGAGAAAAAAGACGAAGUAGAGUGUAUUGAGAGUAUUAAUGGGCAGAAAGAAGUUCCUAAUAAUGAUCAGAGGGACCAUUUUGGGUCAGCAUUGGAAAGAGGCCCCGCUGAAAAUGCUCUCGUCCGAAAACUGGAUUGGAGGAUCAUGCCUACUUUGUGGGUUAUGUAUUUCCUCAACUAUCUGGAUCGGAAUGCGAUUACGUCGGCACGACUGAACAAUUUAGAAAGCGAUCUCGGACUUGUUGGUAACCAGUACAACACCUGUAUUUCUAUUCUCUUCGUAGGCUAUUUAUUGAUGCAGAUCCCAUCCAAUAUGAUUAUGUCGUCCAAGAAGAUCCCGCCGUCCAAGUACAUGGCCUCCUGUAUGGCCGCUUGGGCGAUUGUAUCUGCCUGCACAGCUCUUGCAAAAGACUAUAAGGGCUUAGUGACCGUUAGAUUCCUGCUUGGUGUCACAGAAGCCCCCUUCUACCCUGGCGCUCUCUACCUUCUUUCGGUAUUCUACACCAGAAAGGAGAUCGCUACCAGAGUAGCUAUCCUCUAUGCCGGAAAUAUUCUUGCUUCUUCAUUUGCCGGCUUGAUUGCUGCCGCUACUUUUGAGACAUUGGAUGGCGCACACGGGGUUCAGGGCUGGAAAUGGCUGUUCAUCAUUGAAGGGUCCGUGACUUUCGGCGUCGCUAUAAUCGCCGCAUUUCUCCUACCCGACCAACCCGAAACAACCACAUGGCUUACUCAAACGGAACGAGAGCUAGCCGUUCAAAGGAUCGAAAUAGACACUGCCGAAUUAACUGACGACACUAAGCCAAUGGAGGGUCUGAUUGCAGCUAUCAAAGACCCGCGAAUGUACCUCUUCGUUUUCAUGCAAAACAUGCAUUUAUCCGCCUGCUCAUUUAACAAUUUCUUCCCCACUGUCGUCGGAACUCUUGGCUUCAGUCGAACGAUUACAUUACUUCUGACUUGUCCGCCAUAUCUUGUUUCGGCAUUUGUUGGUUGGGGUGUUGGUGUUUCAUCCGGCAAGUUCAAUGAGCGGACUUGGCACAUUACGUUGUCGAUGGGCGCAGCACUCGUUGGGUUCAUUAUUGCCUGCACAACCCUGAAUACCGCGGCACGCUAUAUCGCUUGUUUUAUGUUCGCUUCAGGGGCCUAUGCUGUUAAUGGAGUGAUAUUGGGAUGGGUCACCGCCACAUGCGGACAAACGAAACAGAAGAAAGGCAGUGCUUUGUCUUUGGUUAAUGUCGUUGCAAAUGCUUCAUAUAUCUAUACAGCGUACUUGUAUCCCAAGAGCCACGGGCCACGUUAUCUUCCAGCUAUGUCUGCCAAUGCCGCAUUUGCAUUUGCGACGAUUGCAUCUGCUUGGGCUAUGAGGGUUUGGUUGAAGGCAGAAAAUAGGAAGAUCCAGAGGAGUGGGCUGAGCAACGAAGCCGUUGCCUUAUUUGCCUACUAG